AUGGCUACAACACGAGCCGCUACAUUCUCGGCUAAGAUCCGAACACUAUCAGAUUUCCAGUUGAGGCUUUCCACAAACCAACAACCGCCCAGCAAUGCGGAGAUCAUCACGACCUUACGAUAUUUCCAGCAAACACUUAUCGGUUUCUUGAAGGAUUUCCCUUCUGAUCAAACACAAUUCUGCCGAAAGUUUUCGUUAGAUCCCGCACGAUGGAAUCUAUAUCCAAACCUCAAUUAUUCGGGUUUAUUCUAUGCUAUUUGCAAUCUUUUAGAUGUUUUUCCAUUAAUCACUGUCGGACAAUUGGCAAUCGGAGAAGCUAUCCUUGAUACUAUAAAAGCUUUGAUGAUAUUCUUGGAUAAAGAUUCGUUAGAGCAGUUGCCUCUUCUUGUUGCCAGUCAAUUGUCAGUAUUUCCUCAUGAAUUAGAUAAGCAGAUUGUACAUCUCAUUGCCGACUGUGUUUUACCAUUUGCAAAUACGGACGAAACUCUUAUCAAACUUUCAAUUCCCGGGUGUCUUAUGCUGGUUUUUCAGAACGCAACAGAUCCAAGUUUACAUACAUGGAUUGUCGAAGGCGCUAUGAGUUGCUCAGCAAAUGUCUACAACGAUGUUACACAAGUCAUAGCCAAAGGUACAUCAGAAUCUCGUGUAGCAGCAGCGAAUUUACUUUUUCACUAUUGGCCCUUCGCCAACCCGCAUAUUCUCCAUAGACGAACAAUUCAGUAUAAAGUGCAUGCUUGGGCGACGGUUCCAUGCCAAUCAAACUCUUGCUCGGAAAAGGGGCCUAGCGUCAAGAGGUGUUUUGAUCCUGUAGUCUGUGCUGAUAUCGCUGACACAUCACCUCCUCUAUUUCUCUGUAAGAGAUGUGCCGACAAUGUGAUGGGAGAGAAGAAAACGGCGAUUGAAACUAUCACUCAGCCUUUACCUGGGAGUAGCGCAACCUGCCAACGUUCUGAAUGCCAAUCGCAGUCUCGUUUAGCAGUCAGCAUUUGCUUUUCUCCAGAAUGUACAAGAACGCAUUCACAUGUUCCUGUAAGGUUGUGUGAGGAUUGCUUCCGUAUCGUGCAUCCACUACCUAAUCAUGGACAUCUGAUUCAAAGAGGAUGUGGAACAGUUUGGGGCAAGGAUAUUAUGUGGGAUAUGGUUGAAGCAGUAGUUAAGCUAUUGAGGGAGACAGCACAAUUUGAAGGUACUGAAGGAGAAGGCAAAAGGCCUAAAUGGCUCAGGCAAUUAGAAGGAGGGCAUUCUAUGGGAAAAGAGAUUGAUCGUAUGGCUGAUGAAAGACGAAUGCUGAGUCGUUUCGGAGUAUGGUUGAUGGCAGCUCUAUGCUCUCCUGAUUCAAUAGCGGAUAAGAAAGCUAUUGGUUAUAUAAUGUACAAUGUAUUCCAAUGGUUUUCAACUACAGCAUUGCUACCCAACGAUUCGAUGGGAGCAAGUUUGGAGCAGCUGAAGACGGACUUUGUCUGUGAUUGGAUUAACAUGGCCAUACGCAUUCACGACGAUGUCUUCAUCCAAAUCCUUUCACCUCAAAUGGAAGAAAGCGAUACUCGACCUUACAUCGAGCAAAUCAAAGAAGGACUUGGAAGACUAUUAUCAUUGAUGCCUUAUGAUAUCAUAUCACAUGAUACUUGGACUCGUGUUAUGCCAUUGUGGCUACAGGCUAUCCAUUUGAACUGUACAGAAGAAAACCAACCAGAACUGAAAAUUCUUCUGUGCAAAAUCUUCGAAUCAGAUCUUUGCCCGUUACCAUUUGAGAUUGCGAAGGUAUUUGAGUUCAUCAGCAGAAGGUUAGCAGCUUCGGACUACGAUGAGAUGUUCAAUGCUUUACAAUGGCUUCAUCAAUUGUCUCGAUUGGAGAUAUCUGUUCCCAUGAUUCUACUAUUAGAUGAUUUUUGUAAAUCGUUGAGACUACUACCAUCGAUGAUUAUACCUCCACUAGGAGAAAAUGAUUUAGAAGAAGAUGAUGUGAGCAUUCACAUAAUCAUGAUAGAUAUCAUAGUUUUACAAUUGAGACAGAUUGAUGUUUUGAAUUCUGAGCAUUCCCAGUUAUAUCAACAUUUGUUUGCCUGCUUGUCCUUAAUGCUCUCAGUUCCUUUACGAACAACUCCUCAUGAAUGCAAAAAUCCUGAACUGGAUGGCUUUUCCGAUUGUUCAGCUUGUCAACAAGCAGCGUUUCUUCAUCAGAUGAUCAUGCAGAUCAUAGAAACAGUCAGUCCCAAACAGGAAGUGGCUAUCAGAACUUCGGAUGAAGAUGAAGGAAUCGACUACACAGAUAUGUUAGAAGACAUUUCUUCAUUAUCACAUCCUAGUUCUGUUCUUUCACCUCAAACAGCUCCGGCGAGUAAAGGAACUUCGCCUGCGGCUGCUGGUCCUGUCUCAAUAGCUGAUUCUGUUGUAAUCAACGGUGGCUUACAGUUUCAAACUGCGGCUAUGGAGGAGCAGCCAGAAGAGUUUGUUGGACUUUUGCCCGCAGAAGAAGUUGAAAUAGGAAUUGCUGAAGCUAUAACUCUCACUGAAACAGAUGUUGGUCGUGAAACAGUUAAUGUUCUAACCACCAGCAAUAUUCAUGGAGUAAAAGGUAACACUCCAAUGACCAACACUGCACCACAUCAGCCGAUUGAUGAUAUUUGGGAUACUUCAGUUGGUAGAUUCCGAUUCUCAUUAGAUGAUCUUCCUACACAGUUAAAACUCAUUCGAUCCUUACUCCUUAACUUGGAAUCAGUAGAAGAUCCAGAUGUUGAAUAUUUCAUCUUGGACAGCCUAAAAUACCUUUGCUUGCAUUGUGAAGCUCUGAGCAACGCAAGACGGGAGCAUCGUGGAUUCCUCAUCUGGGUACAGGAAAACUUGAUGGUCAGUAGGUUGUGGCAGAGACUUCGCUCAGAUUAUGUGCAAGUUGGAGAGUUAGCCACAUUACUCCUUUUGCAUUGCUUGACGUUCUCCUCAGGCGAAGAUACAUUUUGGAAAGUUAUUCAUACAGAUUUUGUUUCAAGAGACUGGAAAGUUCGAUUCGAAGCAGUCGGAAGAGCAUAUGUGAUUGCACAUAUGGUUAGAGCAAUACCAGUUCGAGCGAAUAAAGUCAUCCAAACAUCGCUGGCGGGCUUGUUCUACCACUUAGUAACUUCGCUACAUGAUCCCAACCCUACUGUUGCUCAAAGAACGAUAAUUGCCAUCAGAGCCUUGCCAAGUCAAACACUCAAAUUGAUGUGUUUCUGUUUCGAGUCACAAUUCGACUCUUGCAUUAUGGAUCGGCCAAUGAUAAUACACGCAAUUAGGAUCUUGUUAACUCUGAUGCCAGAAGAGCAAAUAUUAUCGUUCGAUUUCUUCAUCCAGCGUUUUGAGACAUUAGUAUUGGAGAGUCAAUUAGCAAACCAGAGCGAAGAAACUAUAUUUGUACAAGAUCUCAUGCAUACAGAUCCCAUGUCGGAUUUGUAUCAACGGAAGGUCACGAAAGCUCGAAAAGCAAUAGAAGGAUCAUCAACAUCACGAUCUAUCGCCAAGUAUCUGAAGCAACUGAAUGCUUUGAAACAUCAAUUGUUUUAUCAGACUUCUUGUUCAGAAGUGGAUACUCAUCAUACACAACAACUCGACUCUGUCAGCGUUACUAGCCCUGCUUACUCUUCUGGUGGUUAUGGUAGACUACGUGAAUUCACAGAUGAGGAAAGCAAUAUGUGUUUGCUUUUCAAUCGAGUCGUUGAUAUGGAAAAUCCUGAACGACAUACCGUCUACUUGGUUAUAUCCUUGUUCGUAACUUUUCUCAGUAACAAAAAUUCGACGCCAACUGAUGAGAAAGCUAACGCCAAGAAACAAUCUGUCCUUUUUCGACAUUUCAAUACCUUAUUAGGUUACAGUAAUACUGAGAAAUGCUUCACUAUUCCACCUGCUCGUUUGAGAAAGUCAGCGGUUUGUAAUGCUUUCUUAAGCGGUCUUCCUGAGAUAUUAGAUAUGAACCUGUGCAUUGGGAAUCAAAUGUUGCCUGUUGUAUUACAACUUCUCAUUCACCUUCCAUCACCUCAGAAACUCGCAAGUGAUCAGCAUGUUGCUAACUAUUCAUUGAAGCUUCUUUCCCAACAUUCGAGACAUCUUUGGCUUAACUCAUUAGUUCUAAUACUAUAUAAGUAUCGGUUCGACCAAGUACCAUUCAGCGACGGAGUUACUAAACUGAUUGAUAUAGUAGUAAAAACAUUACAAGGACAAGCUCAUGUGUGCGGUGAAGCAGAGCAAGCAAAUGAGAUAGCAACAUGGGAUGAUUUAACUAAUGAUUCAGAAGACGAAGAAGAACGAAGCGGACUCGUUCGACCCGAAAGUUUAACUGUGACGACUAUUCAGGAGCAUAAUGAGAACGAAUAUGGCAACCAACAGCCUAUGAUUUUGGAAACAAAAGCAGUUCCUCGGAAACGUAGCCGUGAUGUCUCGAAAAGAAAGGGAAGGAAAGCUGGUGCUGGCAAAUCGAAUCAUGCUUCAACUGUGGAGCUACGUUGUUCUCACUGCAACGAUGCCAUUGAAUCAUUUGAUGAAGAAACCAUUUCACUCUGUUUAAUCAGCGUGGAGACAUUCUUGCACCGUGAGCCUUCUAUGGCUGCUCCUAUCUUGUUCAGGAUUCUUCACACUGUGACUAGAUUAAUCAAUCGACCACUGUAUCCUUGGCAUAGCUCUGAAAUGUUUGUUCCAGGCAAUUGUCGGAGUGUUGCUAAGCAGAUGCUCCGUGUAACUCUUCAUCAGCUUUCAUCUUCUGGAAUCUGCCUCCAGCUUUUUGAUUCAUAUCUAUCUAAAGGAGAUCCCUUUUGGUCAGUUAUCUCUUUAUCCCUGGCCGACUUCACCGAGCUCAGCCCUGUCCAUCUUAUUCAACUGCUUCUAGAGGAUAUCACAGAAAGUUGGCCGACUCGAUUGUCCACUGUUAUGAGAAAUCUAGCUAGCUAUAUCAUAGAAGUUCCUACUGAUGCUUAUAUCAAUCACUGGACAAAUGUAACACAGCAUUUGGAUUCCUUUUUCAGACGCUAUCAUUCACAGUUGUCGACGGAUAACGCCAUCAAAGUUUCAAAAUAUGAAAUUGAAAGUGCCAUAACAGUGAUCUCCCAUGUGCUGAAAGUUCAGAACUUCAGUGCUUUUAAAAACGCAGUUUCUCUAGUGGAAGCCUUUGCUAAAUGGUUAGCUGAAGCGAUGCACUCAAGUCCAGUUCAGCUCGAAUCUCUUCUUUCUGUUUGUACCGCCUGUAAUCGUGCACUUAUAAGAGAAAGAGAUAAACAAAGCAUUACAAGAGCUGUUGUGGCAGAGCUUAUUCAAGCUAUUAAAUUCAAAUGCUCAAUGCAUGAAGAAAACUAUAUGACGAUUGCUAACAUGAUUCUACAGGAUGCUGGGGAAGAUAUUGAUGUGAUUCUGAUGAAUGGAGAUCAAUACAACACUGCUGCUGCAGAAGCCGUUCGACCUUUUCUGUUUGAGAUUCUGGACUUUAUUGCUGAUUUGCAUGUUUUAGCAAAGUUGAAAAAAGAAACAACUUCUGAUUCUAUUGGAGGUGAUUUGAAAGGAAAGCUUGCUGAAGCCAUUGCUGUAGAAAUGAGUCGUUCGAAUGCCCGUGACUGUAGGACUGUUAUCCGUUUCAUUCCUUGGCUUAUGAGUCCUCCGAGUGUUACACAAUCUGCCCCUGGAGCCUUUGCUGACUCUGUGAGCAAUGUACGAGUGCUGUCUUGGCUCUUAUUAGGAGCGCUCCAUGCGAAUCAUAGCUGCUUACCAGUGCCGAUCGAAUGCUCACAGCAUAUGGCAGAUUACAUUCAUUUCGUACUUGCGGGUUUUGCUGAUCAAUCCAAACAAUCUGUUGUUCACAUGUCAGCUCUUUUUCACGCCUUUCAUUUAUGUCAGUUGUGGACUGUCUACUGUGAACGUGCAGCAGUUUUCCGUCCCAGUUCAACGACCGCGUUUGCUCAUCUAUUAGAUUUUUGGGCAAGAGUUACUCCUGCAAUACUUCAAUUAUUGAGUCAUUCUAAAGUUCUGGCUGAUAUGGUUAAUCUUCAUUUUCUGAAUACCAUUCAGGCACUGCAACAGGUUAAUUCUGCUUUGUUAUGCCAACUUUACUCAUUAUGGGCUCCCAUUCUCACAGCCUAUCACAGUCAAAUACCAAAUCAAUUAAGAAUGAAACUCGAUUCUGGAGAAAACCAACCAUGUCUAGAAGCUCCACAGAUAUCAGAAUGGCUGAAAAAAGUUCGCUACAAAAUUUCACAAGUAGAACUACAAACAUCUGCCGCAUCACCGUACUAUAACGUAUAA